AUGGGUGGAGAUGUGAGACCCAUGCUCACUCUUUCCAUCACCCCGCCCCAUUCUCCCGCUUUCCAUCACCCCGCCCCAUGCUCCCUCUUUCCAUCACCCCGCCCCAUUCUCCCUCUUUCCAUCACCCCGCCCCAUUCUCCCUCUUUCCAUCACCCCGCCCCAUUCUCCCUCUUUCCAUCACCCCGCCCCAUUCUCCCUCUUUCCAUCACACCGCCCCAUUCUCCCUCUUUCCAUCACCCCGCCCCAUUCUCCCUCUUUCCAUCACCCCGCCCCAUUCUCCCGCUUUCCAUCACCCCGCCCCAUUCUCCCGCUUUCCAUCACCCCGCCCCAUUCUCCCGCUUUCCAUCACCCCGCCCCAUUCUCCCUCUUUCCAUCACCCCGCCCAAUUCUCCCUCUUUCCAUCACCCCGUCCCAUUGUCCCGCUUUCAAUCACCCCGCCCCAUUCUCCCGCUUUCCAUCACCCCGCCCCAUUCUCCCUCUUUCCACCACCCCGCCCCAUUCUCCCUCUUUCCAUCACCCCGUCCCAUUCUCCCUCUUUCCAUCACACCGCCCCAUUCUCCCUCUUUCCAUCACCCCGCCCCAUUCUCCCUCUUUCCAUCACCCCGCCCCAUUCUCCCUCUUUCCAUCACCCCGCCCAAUUCUCCCUCUUUCUAUCACCCCGCCCCAUUCUCCCUCUUUCCAUCACCCCGCCCCAUUCUCCCGCUUUCCAUCACCCCGCCCCAUUCUCCCUCUUUCCAUCACCCCUUCCCAUUCUCCCGCUUUCUAUCACCCCGCCCCAUUCUCCCUCUUUCCAUCACCCCGCGCCAUUCUUCCUCUUUCCAUCACCCCGCCCAAUUCUACCUCUUUCUGUCACCCCGCCCCAUUCUCUCUCUUUCCAUCACCGCGCCCAAUUCUCCCUCUUUCCAUCACCCCGCCCCAUUCUUCCUCUUUCCAUCACCCCGCCCAAUUCUUCCUCUUUCCGUCACCCCGAUCCGUUCUCCCUCUUUCCAUCACCCCGCCCCAUUCUCCCUCUUUCCAUCACCCCGCCCCAUUCUCCCGCUUUCCAUCACCCCGCCCCAUUCUCCCGCUUUCCAUCACCCCGCCCAAUUCUCCCUCUUUCCAUCACCCCGCCCCAUUCUCCCGCUUUCCAUCACCCCGGCACAUUCUCCUGCUUUCCAUCACCCCGGCCCUCUCUCCCUCUUUCCAUCACCCCGCCCCAUUCUCCCUCUUUCCAUCACCCCUUCCCAUUCUCCCGCUUUCUAUCACCCCGCCCCAUUCUCCCUCUUUCCAUCACCCCGCCCCAUUCUCCCGCUUUCCAUCACCCCGCCCCAUUCUCCCUCUUUCCAUCACCCCGUCCCAUUCUCCCGCUUUCUAUCACCCCGCCCCAUUCUCCCUCUUUCCAUCACCCCGCCCCAUUCUUCCUCUUUCCAUCACCCCGCCCAAUUCUCCCUCUUUCCAUCACCCCGCCACAUUCUCUCUCUUUCCAUCACCCCGCCCAAUUCUCCCUCUUUCCAUCACCCCGCCUCGUUCUCCCGCUUUCCAUCACCCCGCCCCAUUCUCCCGCUUUCCAUCACCCCGCCCCAUUCUCCCGCUUUCUAUCACCCCGCCCCAUUCUCCCGCUUUCCAUCACCCCGCCCCAUUCUCCCUCUUUCCAUCACCCCGCCCCAUUCUCCCUCUUUACAUCACCCCGCCCCAUUCUCCCGCUUCCCAUCACCCCGCCCCAUUCUCCCUCUUUCCAUCACCCCGUCCCAUUCUCCCGCUUUCUAUCACCCCGCCCCAUUCUCCCUCUUUCCAUCACCUCGCCCCAUUCUUCAUCUUUCCAUCACCCCGCCCAAUUCUCCCUCUUUCCAUCACCCCGCCCCAUUCUCUCUCUUUCCAUCACCCCGCCCAAUUCUCCGUCUUUCCAUCACCCCGCCCCAUUCUCCCGCUUUCCAUCACCCCGCCCCAUUCUCCCGCUUUCCAUCACCCGGCCCAAUUCUCCCUCUUUCCAUCACCCCGCCCCAUUCUCCCGCUUUCCAUCACCCCGCCCCAUUCUCCCGCUUUCCAUCACCCCGCCCCAUUCUCCCUCUUUCUAUCACCCCGUCCCAUUCUCCCGCUUUCUAUCACCCCGCCCCAUUCUCCCUCUUUCCAUCACCCCGCCCCAUUCUUCCUCUUUCCAUCACCCCGCCCAAUUUUACCUCUUUCCAUCACCCCGCCCCAUUCUCCCUCUUUCCAUCACCCCUUCCCAUUCUUCCGCUUUCUAUCACCCCGCCCCAUUCUCCCUCUUUCCAUCACCCCGCCCCAUUCUUCCUCUUUCCAUCACCCCGCCCAAUUCUCCCUCUUUCUGUCACCCCGCCCCAUUCUCUCUCUUUCCAUCACCGCGCCCAAUUCUCCCUCUUUCCAUCACCCCGCCCCAUUCUUCCUCUUUCCAUCACCCCGCCCAAUUCUUCCUCUUUCCGUCACCCCGAUCCGUUCUCCCUCUUUCCAUCACCCCGCCCCAUUCUCCCUCUUUCCAUCACCCCGCCCCAUUCUCCCGCUUUCCAUCACCCCGCCCCAUUCUCCCGCUUUCCAUCACCCCGCCCAAUUCUCCCUCUUUCCAUCACCCCGCCCCAUUCUCUCUCUUUUUAUCACCCCGCCCAAUUCUCCCUCUUUCCAUCACCCCGCCCCAUUCUCCCGCUUUCCAUCACCCCGCCCCAUUCUCCCGCUUUCCAUCACCCCGCCCCAUUCUCCCGCUUUCCAUCACCCCGCCCCAUUCUCCCUCUUUCCAUCACCCCGCCCCAUUCUCCCGCUUUCCAUCACCCCGCCCCAUUCUCCCUCUUUCCAUCACCCCGCCCCAUGCUCCCUCUUUCCAUCACCCCGCCCCAUUCUCCCUCUUUCCAUCACCCCGGACCAAUCUCCCGCUUUCCAUCACCCCGCCCCAUUCUCCCGCUUUCCAUCACCCCGCCCCAUUCUCCCUCUUUCCAUCACCCCGCCCCAUUCUCCCGCUGUCCAUCACCCCGCCCAAUUCUCCCGCUUUCCAUUACCCCGCCCCAAUCUCCCUCUUUCCAUCACCCCGCCCCAUUCUCCCGCUUUCCAUCACCCCGCCCCAUUCUCCCGCUUUCCAUCACCCCGGCACAUUCUCCUGCUUUCCAUCACCCCGGCCCUCUCUCCCUCUUUCCAUCACCCCGCCCCAUUCUCCCUCUUUCCAUCACCCCGACCCAUUCUCCCGCUUUUCAUCACCCCGCCCCAUUCUCCCGCUUUCCAUCACCCCACCCCAUUCUCCUGCGUUCCAUCACCCCGCCCUAUUCUCCCUCUUUCCAUUACCCCGCCCCAUUCUCCCGCUUUCCAUUACACCGCCCCAUUCUUCCCCUUUCCAUCACCCCGCCCCAUUCUCCCUCUUUCCAUCACCCCGCCCCAUUCUCCCUCUUUCCAUCACCCCGCCCCAUUCUCCCGCUUUCCAUCACCCCGCUCCAUUCUCCCGCUUUCCAUCACCCCGCCCCAUUCUCCCGUUUUCCAUCACCCCGCCCCAUUCUCCCGCUUUCCAUCGCCCCGCCCCAUUCUCCCGCUUUCCAUCACCCCGCCCCAUUCUCCCUCUUUCCAUCACCCCGCCCCAUUCUCCAGCUUUCCAUCACCCCGCCCCAUUCUCCCUCUUUCCAUCACCCCGCCCAAUUCUCCCUCUUUCCAUCACCCCGCCCCAUUCUCCCGCUUUCCAUCACCCCGCCCCAUUCUCCUGCUUUCCAUCACCUCGCCCCAUUCUCCCUCUUUCCAUCACCCCGCCCCAUUCUCCCUCUUUCCAUCACCCCGUCCCAUUCUUCUGCUUUCCAUCACCCCGCCCCAUUCUCCCUCUUUCCAUCACUCCGCCCCAUUCUCCCUCCUUCCAUCACCUCCCGCUUUCCAUCACCCCGCCCCGUUCUCCCGCUUUCCAUCACCCCGCCCCAUUCUCCGGCUUUCCAUCACCCCGCCCCAUUCUCCCGCUUUCCACCACCCCGCCCCAUUCUCCCGCUUUCCAUCACCCCGCCCCAUUCUCCCGCUUUCCAUCACCCCGCCCCAUUCUCCCUCUUUCCAUCAACCCGCCCCAUUCUCCCGCUUUCCAUCACCCCGCCCCAUUCUGUCUGA